UCCUUCCACCUUUCAGCUGUGAACCCAGAGAAACUCAUGCAUAUCUAUCUUAAAUAUUAUAUUUAGUCUCGCUCUUGCUCUGACAGGUGGGAGUACAUUGAACUGGUUUUGAAAGCAUGGACAGCCAAGGAAGGAAGGUGGUGGUUUGUGACAAUGGGAGCGGGUUUGUCAAGUGUGGCUUUGCUGGGUCCAACUUCCCCGAGCAUAUUUUCCCGUCCUUGUUGGGAAGGCCACUCAUACGUUCAAACAACAAAGUGGGCAGCAUCGAGAUUAAGGAUCUGAUGAUUGGGGAUGAAGCCAGUGAGUUGCGCUCCAUGCUGGAGGUGUCCUACCCCAUGGAGAAUGGCAUGGUGCGAUGCUGGGAAGACAUGCUGCACCUGUGGGACUAUACCUUUGGCCCAGAACGUCUCAACAUCAACCCAUCAGAAUGCAAGAUCUUGCUGACCGAGCCACCCAUGAACCCCACCAAGAACCGAGAGAAAAUUGCCGAGAUCAUGUUUGAAAAGUACCAGUUCCAUGGCAUCUAUGUGGCGAUUCAGGCUGUGCUCACCCUGUACGCUCAGGGUUUGCUCACCGGCGUCGUUGUAGACUCGGGAGACGGUGUCACCCACAUCUGUCCAGUGUAUGAGGGCUUUUCUUUACCCCACCUCACUCGCAGGUUGGACAUUGCAGGACGUGACAUCACGCGCUACCUCAUUAAACUCCUGUUGCUGCGCGGAUAUGCCUUCAACCACACGGCUGAUUUCGAGACCGUACGGAUGUUGAAGGAGAAGCUCUGCUACGUCGGAUACAACAUUGAACAAGAGCAGCGCCUUGCCCUGGAGACCACCUAUCUGGUAGAGUCCUAUAUGCUCCCCGAUGGCCGGCAGGUGAACAUCGGCGGAGAACGAUUCGGGGCCCCAGAAGCUCUUUUUCAGCCUCAUCUCAUCAACGUGGAAGGAGCUGGUGUGGCUGAACUGCUCUUUAAUACCAUCCAGGCUGCAGACAUUGACCUCAGGGCUGACUUCUACAAGCACAUUGUUCUGUCAGGCGGGACCACCAUGUACCCAGGCCUUCCCUCCAGGCUGGAAAGAGAGAUCAAACAACUCUACCUGGAGAGGGUGCUCAAAGGAGACACAGAUAAACUAUCGAAGUUCAAGAUCCGAAUAGAGGACCCGCCCAGACGCAAGCACAUGGUGUUCCUGGGGGGAGCUGUGCUAGCCAACAUCAUGAAAGACAAGGACACCUUCUGGCUGAGCCAAGCGGAAUACAAGGAGAAGGGCCUGGGAGUGCUGCAAAAGCUGGCAGGAGGAGUGAGAUGAAGCAAUGCCCAACGAAAAGGAUCAGCAAACUUGCUCUGAGAUAAUGCUAAUUCUUCCAUGUUUAUGGUUAAAUAUCGUUAAAUCUAUUUUGUCAUAUUGCCUUUCCUUAUCUCUGUUGAUCAAAACUACUAAUUAGUUGUAUUAUAACACUUCUUUUACCAUGAAAACAGUAAAACAUACAGUUAAUUAGAUUUUGUGGAUUUCAUAACUAGACCAGACAUGUUUCUUUUUAUUGGAUUAUACAGUACCAUCUAUUGGCACCCCCUGGGAAUGAUGUGGAAAAAGCACUCUGGAAAAUUUAUUUGUAUUGCAAAAUCCUAAUCUCCCACUGAAAAUGGCAGAAAAAUCAAAAUUUUGACUUGAGUCCAUUUAUUUAGUGGGGAGCAGAAAAAACUUGUACGGCCUCCUUUUGCAUCUAUGACAGCCUUUAGUCUUCUGUAACAUUUCACAAGGUUGGAGCGAACACAGAGAGGGAUCUUUGAUCAUUCCUUUUUUUUGUCUGUCCAAACUCCUAGGUAAUUUCUUAUGCUUUCUUAUCUUCAACUCACCCAACAGAUUUCCCACAGAAUUUAGGCCUGGGAAGAAGGUUCAUUUUAUGGUUGGUUAACCAUUUCUGUGUUGAUCUGGCCUGCAUGAUGUUUUGGAUUAUUUGCUGCUGAAAGAUUACAUGAUGACCUAUUUUCAGUUUACUUGUAGAGGUUGUCAGAUUUUUACUUAAAACUUUCUGGUAUUUCAAAGGGUUCCUGAUGCCAUGACCUCUACCAGGGGUUCCUAAGGACUUUGGAAGAAAACCAGGCCCACAGUAUCACAGAUCCUCUGCCAUACUUAAGAGUGGGAGAUGCUUUUCCACAUAUCAAUCCACAUGUGAUCUUAGUGUCUUCUGGACAUGGUUCCAGUUAAAUUUCACAUGUUUACAUUUGUGAUGAUAGGAGAGGAAAGGCAUUUUUUCCUGGCAUGCCUCAAAAAACAGCUGUAUGGCAUGUAGAUAGCUUCUGAUAAUUGUAGAGGCUUGGUGACCACAAUAUAUCACUCUUUGGCUGCAGUUCCCCAACAGUGAGCUUUGGAAACCUUUUUAUUGUUCUCCCUUGUCACAUUGUGUGUUAGUGGCUUGAUAAACUUGGGUUCCAGUCCAGCCUUGUUAGUCAAAGUUCCAGUUAUUUUAAUACUUUUGUUAUUUCCCUGAAUAUGGAUAUGUUCAAGUAGCGAUUUUAAGAUGAAUAAACAUGUCUGCCUGA